UGCAGCUCUGUACAGCCCUUACAGCACAGCACACCCUCCCAGCUUCUGGUAUCCGCCUGAUAAUAGCACUUUGUGGCUGCUUUUUUGCCCGUUUGAUAAACGAAGGCGUGUCCCGGAGCCAUGCAUAUAACAGCCAGACGAGCUGCGAUUGGCUUCUGCUCCCCAGUCCUGAGCUCUCUGUGCACCAGCAGACUCCCUGGCACCAUGGCCGAGCUCUCCUCCCAACAAGUGGUAUUCAACAAGCCAAAGGUUGAGCUGCAUGUGCACCUCGAUGGAGCCAUCAGGGUGCAGACUAUUCUUGAUGUUGCCAGGAGACGCAACAUCCGUCUAUCAGCGAAUACGGUGGAGGAGAUGAGGCAGAUCAUCAUUGUCCAGCAGCCGGCCACCCUCACAACGUUCCUGGGCAAGUUUGAGGAGUACAUGCACGUGGUUGCUGGAGACAGAGAAGCCAUAAAGAGGAUGGCCUACGAGCUUGUGGAGGACAAAGCCAAGGAGGGGGUGAUUUAUGUGGAGGUCAGAUACAGCCCACAUCUGCUGGCUAACACUAAAGUGGAUCCCAUACCAUGGAAACAGACAAAAGGGGACCUGAGCCCAGACGAGGUGGUGCAACUGGUUAACGAAGGCCUCAGAGAGGGGGAGAGGGUCUUCCAGGUCAAAGCCAGGUCCAUUCUAUGCUGCAUGCGUCACAUGCCAAACUGGUCCAUGGAUGUGGUGGAGCUGUGUAAGAAAUACCGACACGAAGGCGUGGUCGCCAUCGAUCUGGCAGGUGACGAGUCACUUAACUGUGAAGCCAACCCGGGACACAGGAAGGCCUAUGAGGAAGCAGUGCGUUGUGGGAUCCACAGGACUGUUCACGCAGGAGAGGUGGGCCCGCCGUCUGUAGUGAAGGAGGCUGUGGAAGUGCUGAAAGCUGAACGGAUCGGCCACGGUUACAGAACAUUGGAAGACCAAGUUCUGUACAAAAACCUGCUGGCUCAGAACAUGCACUUUGAGAUGUGUCCUGUUUCCAGUAAGCUGACAGGUGCCUGCAACCCAGACUUCAGCGAGCAUCCUAUCAUCAGGUUCCGGGAGGACAAGGCCAACUACUCCCUGAAUACAGACGACCCGCUGAUCUUCGACUCCACCCUGCUCCUCGACUACAGCACCGCGUACAACUACAUGGGAUUCACCGAGGAGGAAUUCAAACGACUGAACAUCAAUUCUGCAGAGUCAUGCUUUCUGCCUAAGGAGGAGAAGAAAGAGCUCGUCAAGACAUUGUGUGAGGCGUAUGGGAUGGUAAGCAGCACUGCCUUUUAAAGUGAAUGAAGAAGCAAGUCUAAGGAGUGACCUAACCCAGGGUCCAAAUCCAUAUCUGACACUCUGUUUAUCAUAUAGCUGCUGCCUUGCCCUCACAUAUUCUGUACAUUACCAGCUUGUGUUUUCCAUCUAAGAUACGUUUUAAUACUUACAGUAUCCAGAGGAUGUCAUGAUGCUCUGCUCGCUGCAACAAAAGUGUUUUGUUUUUAUGAAGCAUAUGUUGUUUGUAUAAAACACUCUGGAUACGUGUUUUUAUCUCGGGACUACUUAAGGGUGUCAUUAAGAGAAUCAGGGCUUUAGCACUUUGUCAGCAUGCAAGGGAAAGAUAAGGUUAUUUGUUGUUAAUCCUUGGGUGAAAGCG